UCGAAGUGUUAUCUCUGUUUUCUGCUGCUGAGCUUUUCCAGCAACAUUUUUUGUUUGUGGGCCUGCCCUGCUGCAUGUUUCUAAAUGUUUUGGCAUCUGCUUUCCAGCAUUCACGGGUUAUUUCUGCCUUUGAGCUGAGGGUGGCUGGUGCACGUUAGCCCCAGCCCUGGUUACAUUUUGGGCGCAACUUGUGGCGACAAAGUAACAAAGUUCCAGUUGAUACACGGGGCGGUUUCAAUUUCCCCCUCGGCUCUGACAUGCGGAGGCUGCUGAGCUCCCGCUGGCUGCUGGCCGGAGUCUCCUUGGCCGCUGGCACUGGCCUGGGCCUGACCCUCGGGAUCCACCGGAACCGAGUGGAUCCGCUCAGCGGCUUCCCGGUGAUCCCGGGCUUGGCGGCCGAGAGCGGACCCCCGGCGCUGUCAGGUUCGGCAGCGGCGCCGGAGGUCGUUAAGUUCGGCUUCCCGGCGGUGUCCCAGCUCCGGAGCCGGGAGUCCUACGUGUUGGCCUACGACCCCCGGACCCGGAACGCCUCCUGGGUCCUGGAGCAGCUGGAGGCCGGGCGCCUGGCGCGGAAGGGCUCGGAGCGCGGGCGCUGCGAGUUCCGAGAGGACGACUCGGUUCACGAGUAUCACCGGGCCCGCAACAGCGACUUCAAGGGCAGCGGCUUCGACCGGGGUCACCUCGCCGCCGCCGCUAACCACCGCCACAGCCAGAAGUGCAUGGACGACACCUUCUACCUCAGCAACGUGGUGCCGCAGGAUCCUAAUUUAAAUCAAAAUGCCUGGAACAACUUGGAGAAAUACUGUAGGAGCCUGACCAAGUACAACAAGAAUGUGUAUGUCUGCACUGGACCCCUAUACUUGCCAAGGUUGGAACCGGAUGGGAAGAUUUACGUGAAGUAUCAAGUCAUUGGGAAGAAUCACGUUGCAGUGCCAACACACAUUUUCAAAGUGGUGAUAUUGGAGAAACACAGCGGAGAAAUCGAAUUACAGUCAUACGUGAUGCCCAAUCAGCCAGUGCAGGAGAACAUCCCCCUCGAACGCUUCUUGGUGCCAAUUGAAAGCAUUGAGCGGGCUUCGGGGCUGCUCUUUGUCAGUAAUAUUUUAAAAAGAACCAAUAAUCUAAAGACCAUAACUGCUGGCAGUAAAUAGCAGCAUAUCGAGCUGUGACUUAGUUCCAAUUUUUUCAGGGGGAGGGUGUAAACUAUUGUUGCUCACUGAGCAGCUUGAAAUUGUUAUAAAUGUUUAUUCUUAAUUUCUUUGAAUGUUUUUCAGUGUCAAAUCUCCCCAUAGAUGUAUGAUUUGAUAUAUUACAUUAAUUAUCCUAAUUCCCAUUUAUUAUUGAAUCAUUGAAUGCCUUUAAGUGCAGAGAGUGUUAUGGGAAGUGGAUUAUUAUCCGAGUGUGUUAAGAUUUUUCUUUUCAUUGGUAGAAAAAGUGUCUUCUUGCCACAGAACAGCAAGCUUUGGUCUGUUUAUUUUAAGUUCACACGUGAGUUGUGGGUGCCAUUGGGGUAAUACUGGCUUUGUUUUCCAUCUCUCGUUAACAAGUUGGUGGGGGUUUAUCUGUCUUGACUCCUGCAGUCCAUGUGACGUAGCUGCUGCUUCCGCAGUGCUACCCUACAGAGGAGAGAUCCAGAAUUUUGGUCAUGGCUGUGGAAGGCGGAGCGUUUUAUUUUCUCAGCUGGGGGGUGUUAUGUGAUUGAAAAUGUCUCUGUCUUUGAGUAUGUGGAGGUUGAAGGUUUGGCAGGUGCUGCUGAAUAAAGCCAUGGCAGGUUGAUGUGCACUGCCCACAGCGGGCUAAUAGCAAAAGAUCUCAUGUGAAGGGCACACAUCCUGCCGGUGCUGCCUUCCCAAGGUAAUCGCCUGACCCUCCGAUUCCAAUGUGAGAUUUUUAUUAGCUGCAGCUGAAAUGAAGUAUGUUCCACAGGUUCUUGAUUUGACAUUGCCUGGCUUUGCACUGUGAGACAAUGAUCACCAUCUGCACCCAGUCAGCAUGAAUGCAACGCCUGUGGAACAUGGGCAGGACAAGUGUUUACAUCAGGUGUCCUGCUGCAGUGCUACGGUUGGUGGAUCCUACGUGUGACAAAUCCUCAAACUAACUUUCCAGUGGGACGGGUGCAAGACAACGUUUGCAACAAACGUCUAACAUUAUAUUGGUACAGUGUAAGCCAAAUUGAAUUUGACAACAUUUCGAGACCAUAUAUUUAAAAAAUGCACUUUCUAUAUGUUAAUGGUUUAGCCAUUGCACUUAAUCAGAAUUGAAGCUUAGCAUAAUGUAUUAAAGACAAAUAGUGGAUAACACUCAUCAGAUUGGGUAGUUUUUUCAGAGAGAGAAACAGUUAACAUUUCAGGUCAGUUAAUCUUUCAUCAGAACAGUGAUCAGGUGUCAAACAAUAGAAGGAUUGAGAGGUCACAAAAUAUGGUUGAACAAGAUUGAUUUUGGAGGAGUUUAAUGUAAACAUGCAGAGAUAGCAACAGGAGGGAACUUUAUAAUCCAUUAGUCACUGAGACUGUUUGCUGCUGGUCACACUUACUGAAGGUAAAUACACUGAAAUCUUGUUGAGAAAAAUAUUUUACCUUUCAAAAGCAUUCUUAACAUUGUUAAUUGAUGUGUAAUACUCAGGAUCAUUACUGUUUAUUUUAGUUUCUAUAAAAUAAAAGCAAAGUUCAA